ACCACCAGCCAACUACAAGACCAUCACAAUGAGUUUUGUUGAAUAUGGAGAUACAAUAAAGGAUGGUGACACAGCUAUUGUGUUCUUGGGCCACGAAUCCAUGUUUCCUGUGAAAGUCCAGCAUGGCAGUGUAACUCAGACUAAGUAUGGAGUCAUCCGGCAUUCCACAGACCUCAUAGGCAAGAAAUAUGGCUCCAAAGUGACCUGCAGUAAAGGAGGAUGGGUGUUUAUUCUUCAUCCAACUCCAGAACUGUGGACUAUGAAUCUUCCUCACAGGACGCAGAUUCUGUAUUCCACUGACAUCUCUAUAAUCACCAUGAUGUUAGAACUGAAGCCAGGCUCCAUAGUAUGCGAAUCAGGUACGGGCAGUGGAUCCCUGUCCCACGCUCUCAUCAGGACAGUGGCUCCCACAGGGCACCUGUACACGGUGGAGUUCCAUCAACAGAGGGCCGAGAAGGCCAGGGAGGAGUUUCAAGAGCAUGGGGUGGAGCACCUGGUCACCGUGACCAACCAGGAUGUCUGCAAAAACGGGUUUGGUGUCUCAAACAUCGCAGAUGCUGUAUUCCUAGAUAUUCCGUCUCCAUGGGAAGCCAUAGGACAUGCAAAGUCUGCGUUAAAAGCUGAAGGUGGCCGCAUCUGCUCUUUCUCCCCCUGCAUCGAACAAGUCCAAAGAACCUGCCUAGCAAUGGAAGAAUAUGGUUUUACAGAGAUUAACACUUUGGAAAUUCUGCUCCGAGUGUACAAUGUAAGGACAAUUAGUUUGCAAAUCCCUGACCUUGGAAAAGCAGCUGAAGAUAAUUCUAGCACUGGCUUUGACAGCCGCAACCCAUCAAACCAAGGUAGCCCGUGUGCUAAUCUGCAGCAGUUCAAAAGCGGCGUGCCACUCAGGGAGAUGGUCGGUCACACUGGAUACCUGACCUUUGCCACCAAGAGCCUGUUUUAGUACGUGUUGAGUUUCUGCAGUUCGGAGUGGUUUGUAUAUUUGUGUCUGUAUUCUGUUUUCAUGGUUCUUUUUUGUAGGGCAUCCAAAUUUUUACUUGUCAGGGAAUUCCAUAUAUAGUCAGAUUUGGUUGGAAUAUGCUUUGUUUAAAUAGCACACAAGCAUUAACCAGAGCAGCAUCAAGGGAAUGUUGAAACUCUGGAAUGGUGCUCCACUUGCCGUCAGAAAGAAGAGAAAUUAAUAGCUAAUGGCCAUUCACUG